GAUGUCAUGGUGUGACGGCAACAAGAUGGCGUCAGCAUUCAGUGGAGUCACUGGAGAAAAUCCAUCCAUCCGUUUUCUUUCAAAAGCACUCAACAGUCAAUGACAGGACACAUAAGACACACACCGAAUAUAACGAAUUAAAGCUAAUUGAGUUUAACGGCACCAUUCGUACUUCUCACACCAGCCAGAACACACAAGAUGUUUUUAUUUGAAGAAUCUUCUACCUUCAACCUGAAGUGAACCUGCUGCUGAGGCCGCUUGGACUCCAUGGUCAAUGCACCGAUCCUGAGUGAGACGGACAAGGCCUUUAAGAGUCCAGCAGAGACCUGUAACGACUUGGGAAGUCCUGGAGAGACCCGCGCAGUCCUGGUGGUCUUGAGAGAAUGAGGACUGCAGUGAUGUGCUUCUGAUCACACACAGAGACCUUUUGUCCUUUUGUUUACUGUUGUACCAGGCUGUGUGUGUAUAUGAGUGUGUGUGUGUGUGUAAACAGUACAUUCAUUUUGUUGAGCAAAACACUUUACUUUUGUAUAUCAUUAUAAUCAAAUUAUUGAUAAAUACGUGGAACGAUAACGUUUGAUCAUUAGUGUAUCAUUUCAGUAAAUGAAUCAUCAACCUGCCAAAUGUGUAAAGUUUGAGAAGCGCUCCCUCUUGUGGCGAGAAGGAAGCACGUCAUCUCCUUCACGUGACGGGUGGCUGAUACUGCAAAUUUUGUGGUAUGAUCCGAUACCAAGUCCGGACGAAAGCAGCGUGUGUGCUUCCAGCUGGUGGACGCCGUCUAAGUUAGAGGGGACGUCCGCUAGUUGUUGGCACAAGCGGAAAGAAGACGAAGCACGUACGGGGACAGAACAGCAACAGCGACAACAGCAGCACCGACGUGCGCUGGCGGUUAAACGCUCCUCCUGCGCCGCGUCCUCACAUUCUGCGGCCGACAUGUCCGACUGGAAUCAGCUGGCUCUGCUGCUGUGGAAGAACUUCACAUACCGACGGCGACAGACGCUCCAGCUAUUGGUGGAGAUCGUGUGGCCGCUCCUUAUCUUUUUCAUCCUCAUCGCCGUGCGCCUUAGUUACCCACCCUAUGAGCAACAUGAAUGUCAUUUCCCCAACAAAGCCAUGCCUUCGGCCGGCACGUUGCCAUGGAUACAGGGCAUCCUUUGCAACGCCAACAAUCCAUGCUUCCGCAGCCCAACGCCAGGAGAGUCUCCGGGCGUUGUCGGCAAUUUCAACGACUCCAUAAUAUCUCGUCUCUUCUCGGACGCCAAGAGGAUUCUUCUGUACAGUCAGAACGACAAAAACCUGGACGGGUUUAAGGAGCUGGCACGGGCCCUUCGAGCGCUACAGAGUAGCAGGUCAGGCUUCAAGUUGAAGCACUUCCUGCGAGAUGAUGAGACUUUGUCCAGCUUCCUGUUGCGCAAUGCCACCUUGCCUCCGUCUAUCGUGGAUCACAUACUAGAGGCAGAUGUGGACUUGGAGAAGGUCCUCCUGAGAGGGUUUGGGGUCCACCUGCGCGACACAUGUCCUCGGAAAGCGGGCGGACGGAGUGUGCAGGAAUUUGUUAAUAUCUCAGACCCACUGGCGUCCAUGAUGGUACAGGAAGUGGUGUGUCGUGCUCCUGUUGUGUGGCUGGACCGGGCUGAGCAGAAAUUCCUCGAAAAUGUGGAUUUCUUCAAACCUCUCCUGACGGACGUCAGAUCUGACCCCGAAGCUCUCAAGGAGGUUUCUACGGCAACCAACAAGCUACUGGACAGCCUGGGCUUGCUGGCCGUUGAGCUGGCUGGCAUGAAGAGCUGGAUGGACCUGAGGAAGGAGAUCAUCUUCCUGACGCACAACGCCACGUCGUCGCCCAGCGCCAUGUACCAGGCAGUGUCGCGCAUCGUAUGCGGUCACCCGGAAGGCGGCGGCCUACAGAUCAAGUCUCUCAACUGGUAUGAGGACAGCAACUACAAAGCUCUCUUCGGAAACCACAACAGCAGCGAGGACGAACCUGCCGCGCUGUACGACAACUCAUCCACUCCUUACUGCAACAGUCUGGUGAGCAGCAUGGAUUCCAAUCCCAUGUCCAGGAUGAUUUGGGAAGCUGUGAAGCCGCUGCUGAUGGGAAAAAUCCUCUACACACCUUCCACCCCUGCCACUCAGAGGAUCAUCCAUGAGGUUAAUCGAACAUUCCAGGAGCUCGGUGUGUUCAGGGACUUGGGCGGAAUGUGGGAGGAGAUGAGGCCCAAAGUAUGGAACUUCCUGGAGAACAGUGAGCAGAUCAACCUCAUCCGGAGCCUGCUAAAAAACAAUGUGACAGCCACCUACUUCCACGCUCACUUGGCCGACACCGACUGGACUGUGUCAGACCUCUCCAACUUCCUGUCCAGGCACGCCGACUACCAGCGGCUGCCAAGCAACACCCUCACCUGGAGAGACGUCUUCAACGAGACCGACCAGGCCAUCACCGGCAUUUCCCGCUUCAUGGAAUGUGUGAAUCUGGACAAACUGGAGCCCGUCGCCACUGAGGAGCACAUGGUCAACCAGUCCAUGGUUCUGCUGGAGGAUAGGAAGUUCUGGGCCGGGAUUGUGUUCCCGGACAUUGCAGUUAAUGCUACUGAGCUGCCUCCCAAUAUCAGCUACAAAAUCCGUAUGGACAUCGACAACGUGGAGCGGACCAAUAAGAUCAAAGACGCGUACUGGGACCCGGGUCCUCGCGCAGACCCCUUUGAGGAUAUGCGCUACAUAUGGGGCGGGUUCUCCUACCUGCAGGAUGUCAUCGAGCAGGCCAUUAUCCGAGCCAUGACCGGCACCAAGGAGAAAACGGGCGUCUACAUCCAGCAGAUGCCGUACCCGUGCUACGUGGACGACAUCUUCCUGCGGGUGAUGAGUCGCUCCAUGCCACUCUUCAUGACCCUGGCCUGGAUGUUCUCUGUGUCCAUUAUCCUGAAGAGCGUGGUGUACGAGAAGGAGGCCCGUCUGAAGGAGACCAUGAGGAUCAUGGGAUUGGACAACGGAAUCCUGUGGUUCAGCUGGUUCAUCAGCAGUCUGAUUCCUCUGCUCAUCAGCGCCGGACUCCUGGUGCUGCUGCUCAAGAAAGGAAACCUGUUGCCGUAUAGCGACUCCGGCGUGGUCUUUCUCUUCCUGGCGUCCUUUGCCGUGGUGACCAUCAUGCAGUGUUUCCUCAUCAGCACCGCUUUUGCCCGAGCAAAUUUGGCUGCCGCUUGCGGAGGAAUCAUAUACUUCACGCUCUACCUGCCCUACGUACUCUGUGUGGCCUGGCAGGACCACAUUGGGUUUGGUGCCAAAGUCUUUGCCAGCCUCCUGUCCCCUGUGGCUUUUGGGUUCGGCUGCGAGUACUUCGCUCUGUUUGAAGAGCAGGGGGUUGGCAUUGAGUGGAAGAACCUGGUGGCGAGUCCCCUGGAGGAAGAUGACUUCAGCCUCCGUACUGCCAUCAUCAUGAUGUACUUUGACUCCUUUCUGUAUGGAGUCCUCACCUGGUAUAUCGAGGCUGUCUUUCCAGGUCAGUACGGGAUUCCUCGGCCCUGGUACUUCCCUUUCACUAGGUCCUACUGGUUUGGAGACAAGGAUGGCAAGUCCAACAAAGUCCCUCUGAACCGCAAAGGAAACGCAAGUGGUGAGACUAGAGACUCCACAAAGCAAAUCAACAAUGGCCGUGGGUUUUACAAAGGCAUUAUGUGUGUGUGUGUGUGUGUGUGGGCAGUGGUGUGCAUGGAGGAAGAGCCGGCUCAUGUGGACCCCGGCGUCUACAUCGAGAACCUGGUAAAGGUGUACCGCCACGGGAAGAAGCUGGCAGUGGACGGACUGACGCUCGGCUUCUACGAGGGGCAGAUCACCUCUUUCUUGGGACACAACGGCGCGGGAAAGACCACCACCAUGUCCAUACUCACCGGUUUGUUCCCACCCACCUCCGGGACAGCCUACAUUCUGGGUCGAGACAUCCGCACAGAUCUGAGCACCAUCCGUCAGAGCCUGGGCGUCUGUCCUCAGCACAACGUCCUCUUCAGCAUGCUGACUGUGGAAGAGCACAUCUGGUUCUACGCUCGACUCAAAGGCCUGUCGGAGGAGCAAGUCAAAGGCGAGAUCGAGCAGAUCCUGCUGGACACCGGCCUGCCGCACAAACGCAAAUCCAAGACCAGCACACUGUCCGGCGGCAUGCAGAGGAAGCUGUCUGUGGCGCUGGCCUUUGUUGGGGGGUCAAAAGUUGUCAUCCUGGACGAGCCCACAGCUGGAGUGGAUCCUUAUGCCCGAAGAGGGAUCUGGGAUUUACUGCUGAAGUACAGACAAGGACGCACCAUCAUCCUAUCCACUCACCAUAUGGAUGAGGCUGACAUCCUGGGGGACCGCAUCGCUAUCAUCUCGCACGGCAAGCUGUGCUGUGUCGGAUCAUCGCUCUUCCUGAAGAACCAGCUGGGGACCGGAUACUACCUGACCCUGGUCAAGAAGGACCCCGAACCCUCACUGGGCUCCUGCAGAGACUCAUCCAGCACCGUGUCCUUCACAAAGAAGGCGGAGAACGGUUCUGUCAGCAGCAGCGAUGCGGGGCUGGGCAGCGAACAUGAAAGUGAGGCCACCACCACCGAAAACGGUGCGGCGGCGUCUGUCUGCGACGUGCCCCUUCCCCUGGUCAACACGUCCCAGGUAUCCAGCCUGAUCCGGCGCCACGUGCCGGCUGCCCGCCUGGUGGAGGAUCUGGGACACGAGCUGACCUACGUUUUACCGUACUCCGCUGCAAAGGACGGAGCCUUUGUGGAGCUUUUCAGGGAACUUGACGACAAGCUGAAUGACUUGAAUAUCUCCAGUUAUGGCGUGUCCGACACCACCCUGGAAGAGAUUUUUCUCAAAGUGGCUGAAGAUAAUGGAGUCGACACCGAGGUGCCUUCAGAUGGUACACUUCCUGUCCGGCGGCGACGGCGGACCCACGCCUUCGGAGGAGGUGACCCUCAGAGCUGCCUGAAACCUUUAACGGAGGAGCACAAUGACAACGAUUCAGAUGGCGAUCCUGAGAGUCGGGAGACAGACUGGUUGAAGUUUUUUGACGGAAAAGGAUCGGAGAAAGUGAGCGGCUGGAAUCUGAAGAAACAACAAUUUGUGGCUCUUAUGUGGAAAAGAUUUCUUUACGCUCGGCGCUCCAGGAAAGGCUUCUUCGCUCAGAUCGUCCUUCCUGCCGUUUUUGUCUGCAUCGCGCUCGUCUUCAGUCUCAUUGUUCCUCCUUUUGGGAAAUAUCCAAGUUUGGAGCUGCAGCCGUGGAUGUAUGAGGACCAAGUCACCUUCAUCAGUGACGAUGCCCCAGAAGACGCCAACAUGCAGAAGUUACUCAAUUCUCUUUUGGACCCGCCGGGAUUUGGGACUCGUUGCAUGCUGGGAUAUCCCAUUCCAGAGGCUCCUUGCACGAUGGGUGACGAUGAUUGGAAUAUCCCGGAAGUCCCGGAAAGUGUCUGGGAGCUGUUCCAGUCCGGGAACUGGACCAUGGAGGACCCGUCUCCGGCGUGCUCUUGCAGCUGUGAUGACAAGAAGAAGAUGCUGCCUGAUUGCCCCCCUGGAGCCGGAGGUCUGCCUCCUCCUGAGAUGAAGUUGAGCUCUACAGAUGCUCUUCAGAAUCUGACAGGAAGAAAUAUUUCUGAUUAUUUGGUCAAAACAUACGCACAGAUCAUUGGAAAGAGCUUAAAGAACAAAGUGUGGGUCAAUGAGUUCAGAUACGGAGGCUUCUCAUUGGGCGCUAGGAGCACACAGGUCCUUCCGCCAGCCAAUGAGAUCGACGACGCCAUCCAGCGCAUUCAAAAAAUCUUUGAAAUCCCGAAGGGAUCCGCUGCAGAUCGAUUUCUGGACAAUUUGUCAGCAUUCAUCAACGGUUUGGACACCAAAAACAACGUCAAGAUCUGGUUCAACAACAAAGGCUGGCACAGUAUGGGAGCGUUCAUCAACGUGAUGAGUAACGCCAUCCUCAGAGCCAAUCUUCCUCCUGGGAAAGAUGUCAGCCAUUUUGGAAUCCGAGCCUUCAAUCACCCUCUCAACCUGACCAAGGAACAACUGUCCCAGGUGGCACUUGUCACCACCUCCGUGGACGUCCUGGUGUCCAUCUGCGUUAUCUUCGCCAUGUCCUUCGUCCCUGCAAGCUUCGUGGUCUUCCUCAUUCAGGAGCGCGUCAGCAAGGCCAAACACAUGCACUUCAUCAGCGGCGUGCACCCCUUCCUCUACUGGAGCGCCAACUUCAUCUGGGACAUGUGUAACUACAUUGUCCCGGCAACGCUCGUCAUCCUCAUCUUCGUCUGUUUCCAACAAAAAGCUUACGUCUCGUCCACAAACCUUCCUGUACUCGCAUUGCUGCUGCUGCUCUACGGCUGGUCCAUCACGCCGCUCAUGUAUCCGGCGUCGUUCCUCUUCAACAUUCCGAGCACGGCGUACGUUGUCCUGACCAGCGUCAACAUCCUCAUCGGAAUCAAUGGCAGCAUCUCCACCUUCGUCAUGGAGCUGUUCGGAGACCACGAGAUCGGAGGAAUCAAUGACAUCCUGAAGAACGUGCUUCUCAUCUUUCCUCACUUCUGUUUGGGUCGGGGCCUCAUCGACAUGGUGAAGAACCAGGCCAUGGCCGACGCCCUGCAGAGAUUUGGAGAGAACAGGCUUCGUUCUCCUCUGGAAUGGGACAUGGUGGGGAAGAAUUUGUUUGCGAUGGCCGUGGAGGGCGUGGUCUUCUUCAUCAUCACCGUCCUCAUCCAGUACAGAUUCUGUAUCAAACCUAGGCCAGUCAGUAAACUGACCAAACUGGGAGCGUUGGGAGAAGAAGAUGAGGACGUGGCCCGGGAGAGACAGAGGAUCGUCCAUGGACUUGGACAUGGAGACAUUUUGGAACUGAGGCAACUCACUAAGGUCUUCAAAAGGAAACAGAAGCCAGCAGUAGACCGACUUUGUGUUGGAAUUCCUCCUGGCGAGUGUUUCGGCCUCCUGGGAGUAAACGGAGCCGGAAAGACGACAACCUUCAAGAUGCUAACAGGAGACACGAUGGUGACGAGCGGCGAGGCCUUUCUAGCAGGGAAGAGCAUCCUGCGAGAACUGGACCAGGUCCAUCAGAACAUGGGCUACUGUCCUCAGUUUGAUGCCAUCAACGAGCUGCUGACAGGAAGAGAACAUCUGGAGCUUUACGCCAUCCUGAGAGGCGUCCCUGGGAAGGAAGUGUGCGACGUGGCAGAGUGGGGAAUCAAGAAGUUGGGUCUGGUUAAGUAUGCUGAUAAAGCCGCAGGAAGUUACAGCGGCGGGAACUUGCGGAAACUGUCCACAGCCAUGGCUCUGAUUGGGGCGCCGCCCGUCGUCUUUCUGGACGAGCCGACAACUGGCAUGGACCCCAAAGCUCGCCGCGCCCUUUGGAACUGCAUCCUGAGCGUCAUCAAGGAGGGACGCUCCGUCGUGCUCACGUCGCACAGCAUGGAGGAGUGUGAGGCCCUGUGCACGAGAAUGGCCAUCAUGGUGAACGGCAGGUUCAAAUGUCUUGGCAGCGUCCAACAUUUGAAGAACAGGUUCGGAGACGGCUACACCAUCAUCUUACGGGUGGCGGGGCCCGACCCGGAUCUGGUUCCCGUGAUGAAGUUCAUCGAGAGCGAGCUGAGCGGAAGCACGCUGAAGGAGAAACAUCGCAACAUGCUUCAGUACCAACUUCCCUCCUCGCUCAGCUCGCUAACGCACAUCUUCUUCAUCCUGGCCAAGAACAAACACGCCCUGAAGAUUGAAGACUACUCGGUCUCGCAGACCACACUGGACCAGGUGUUCGUGAACUUCGCCAAGGACCAAAGCGACGACUACCAUUCCAAAGACGCGUCGGUGCGGCGCCGAGACGUCCUGGUAGACGUCCCAGCCCACUGCCCCGGUCAGGUGGACAGCACCACAGAGAGCGUCAUGUGACCGCGUCAUUUUGCACUUUGCUGUGUCACCACAUGACGUGGUGGGCGGAGUCAAGACGCCUUACGCCACUCAAUGCAAACGAUCUCCUGCGGGGGCGUGGCCUGCUGCCUGUCGCAGAUUUCAAAUGAAAAAAAAACUUGAAGCGGUGCCGGAGUGCGUCCGCCAUCUUUUUUUUUUUUUUUUAACAAUGUUUUUUAAAUCAUGUUGAUGAAGAGUCUAAAUCAUUUCAAAUCAACUUCCUUUUAUUUAUCUUUCAUUUCCUGUUUUUUUUUUGCUUUUACUGCCAAUCAAAGUGUUGAUUUUUUUUUUUUGAAAGAUGUGUCCAAAUACCUCACCAGUUUUUUAAAAGUCCACAUUAGUAAGCGAACCAAAAAAGCAACACAAUCUCUUAAAAUGUGACACAAUACUGUUACAACAAUAAAAUCAAACAAAUCGAC